UACACCCCCAUCCCUCCCUCCCCACCAGCUGAAGAGGAGAGCUGUCAGCUGGAGAGUCUACAGCUUCACAAGUCUGCUGAGGAGAAAGGAGUUCAGUCUGCUGCUGUGAGGAGGAACGACGGGGAGUAACAGAGAAGAGCAGAGAAGCAGAUGAGGAGGAGAUGUUGUGUGUGUGUGGAGUCACUGUGUUCCUCCUCCUGGUCGGGGGAGAGGCUCAGAGUGGAGACUCAGACUCAGAGCCAGGACUCAGCUGCUUCUCUCACAUCAUGAUGGAUAGCUGCAGUCUGACCUGCCGACUGGAGGGAAGGGGGGGCAACAGCGAGGAUGAUGAAGAUGAAGAGACCGACAGCAUCCAGAAGAUAACCAUGUGCUACAGAGACUGGGACCAAAAGGCAGAGCGCUGCAUUGAGAGACUCGGGGACACGGUGAGCUCCACACAACUGAAUCCUCUGGGUGACUACAAUGUGACCGUCUACCUGAAGAGAGGACGGCGGAUUACGACCACCGUGGAACUGAAGAAGAUCGUGAAACCAAGGAGCCCUCAGGUGUCCAACGUGACCUUUGACCUCGACUCUUACCAGGCCGUGUUCCACAUUCAGACCCUGCACCCCCGAGAGUACCUGAAAGUAGAGAACCAGAUGUUCCAGCUGCUGAUCUGGAGUGCAGGCAGCUCCUUGACUCAGAACGUGUCGUCCUCAGACACUCUGAAGGUCAACAUGCAGCACCUGACCUUGAACACACAGUACCACGUCCGAGUGCGAGCCAUACCACUCGGACACCUACAGGGCACCUGGAGCGAGUGGAGCGACUCGUCCCCCUUCUUUACUCCUGACGGUGAGCGUGAUUCCACAUUAUCGAGCACUGAAGAUAAUUCUUUGCGGCCGACUGCAGAGCCAGGACUCAGCUGCUUCUCUCACAUCAUGAUGGAUAGCUGCAGUCUGACCUGCCGACUGGAGGGAAGGGGGGGCAACAGCGAGGAUGAUGAAGAUGAAGAGACCGACAGCAUCCAGAAGAUAACCAUGUGCUACAGAGACUGGGGCCAAAAGGCAGAGCGCUGCAUUGAGGGACUCGGGGACACGGUGAGCUCCACACAACUGAAUCCUCUGGGUGACUACAAUGUGACCGUCUACCUGAAGAGAGGACGGCGGAUUACGACCACCGUGGAACUGAAGAAGAUCGUGAAACCAAGGAGCCCUCAGGUGUCCAGCGUGACCUUUGACCUCGACUCUUACCAGGCCGUGUUCCACAUUCAGACCCCAUACCACCAACAGUACCUGAAAGUAGAGAACCAGAUGUUCCAGCUGCUGAUCUGGAGUGCAGGCAGCUCCUUGACUCAGAACGUGUCGUCCUCAGACACUCUGAAGGUCAACAUGCAGCACCUGACCUUGAACACACAGUACCACGUCCGAGUGCGAGCCAUACCACUCGGACACCUACAGGGCACCUGGAGCGAGUGGAGCGACUCGUCCCCCUUCUUUACUCCUGACGGUGAGCGUGAUUCCACAUUAUCGAGCGCUGAAGAUAAUUCUUUGCGGCCGACUGCAGAGCCAGGACUCAGCUGCUUCUCUCACAUCAUGAUGGAUAGCUGCAGUCUGACCUGCCGACUGGAGGGAAGGGGGGGCAACAGCGAGGAUGAUGAAGAUGAAGAGACCGACAGCAUCCAGAAGAUAACCAUGUGCUACAGAGACUGGGGCCAAAAGGCAGAGCGCUGCAUUGAGACACUCGGGGACACGGUGAGCUCCACACAACUGAAUCCUCUGGGUGACUACAAUGUGACCGUCUACCUGAAGAGAGGACGGCGGAUUACGACCACCGUGGAACUGAAGAAGAUCGUGAAACCAAGGAGCCCUCAGGUGUCCAGCGUGACCUUUGACCUCGACUCUUACCAGGCCGUGUUCCACAUUCAGACCCCAUACCACCAACAGUACCUGAAAGUAGAGAACCAGAUGUUCCAGCUGCUGAUCUGGAGUGCAGGCAGCUCCUUGACUCAGAACGUGUCGUCCUCAGACACUCUGAAGGUCAACAUGCAGCACCUGACCUUGAACACACAGUACCACGUCCGAGUGCGAGCCAUACCACUCGGACACCUACAGGGCACCUGGAGCGAGUGGAGCGACUCGUCCCCCUUCUUUACUCCUGACGGUGAGCGUGAUUCCACAUUAUCGAGCGCUGAAGAUAAUUCUUUGCGGCCGACUGCAGAGCCAGGACUCAGCUGCUUCUCUCACAUCAUGAUGGAUAGCUGCAGUCUGACCUGCCGACUGGAGGGAAGGGGGGGCAACAGCGAGGAUGAUGAAGAUGAAGAGACCGACAGCAUCCAGAAGAUAACCAUGUGCUACAGAGACUGGGGCCAAAAGGCAGAGCGCUGCAUUGAGGGACUCGGGGACACGGUGAGCUCCACACAACUGAAUCCUCUGGGUGACUACAAUGUGACCGUCUACCUGAAGAGAGGACGGCGGAUUACGACCACCGUGGAACUGAAGAAGAUCGUGAAACCAAGGAGCCCUCAGGUGUCCAGCGUGACCUUUGACCUCGACUCUUACCAGGCCGUGUUCCACAUUCAGACCCCAUACCACCAACAGUACCUGAAAGUAGAGAACCAGAUGUUCCAGCUGCUGAUCUGGAGUGCAGGCAGCUCCUUGACUCAGAACGUGUCGUCCUCAGACACUCUGAAGGUCAACAUGCAGCACCUGACCUUGAACACACAGUACCACGUCCGAGUGCGAGCCAUACCACUCGGACACCUACAGGGCACCUGGAGCGAGUGGAGCGACUCGUCCCCCUUCUUUACUCCUGACGGUGAGCGUGAUUCCACAUUAUCGAGCGCUGAAGAUAAUUCUUUGCGGCCGACUGCAGUUGUUCUAGAACAAAGAGUCCACAAACAGACGGAUGUGUCGACGCUCAGACUGACGGUGUGCCUCGUCGUGCUGCUGCUUGUCACUUCCUGUGUUGUUUUCUUCUGGAAAAUCAAGAUCUUUUCCUACAUGUGGCCGAGCAUCCCCCACCCCAAACACACUCUGGUGCAGAUCUGCAGGCCCAAUAAGGGCCUCCUGCUGAACUUCAAACCUGAAGAGUUCAGCGCUCUGAGAGUGUCUCCUUUGGCCAAAUCAGAGGAGCAGCCGUGUGAGGAGACUGACCCUCUGACUCCUCCUGCAGCUAACAGCAGCUCCUCGACUCCUCCCUGCUCCACCCAGACCUCCGAGUGCUCCACCACCAUCACCAGCAUCAGCACCGAGGAGCUGUCCGGCCUGCUGAGCAGGAGCUCCUCAGAUGUGGAGGACGGCGUCCAGAGCAGCGGUCCAUCCUCCAUCAACUUCCUCCAGGAUGAGCAGAGACCUCACACGCCCCCACAAGAGCACAGCGAGGGAGGAAAUGAGGGGGAGGAGUCAGGAGGGAGUCAGCAGGAGGAGGCCUACGUCACCAUGUCCAGCUUCUAUCAGAUCAAAUAGGUCAGGAGGAGGAGUGUGGAAGACUAGGAGACAACCAGCUACACCUGAGGAUGCUCUUAUCAGUGCUUCGUAAUCUGCGGGUCAGGACCCCUCAUGAGGACCCUAGAUACAUCUGAGAGGCCACCAAACCUUAAAGUAAAAGUCAGUUUUUUAGUGCCCACUUGAUGUCCGGACUGAAGUAUGUGGGUCAUCUGGAUUCAUGAAUCCCAGGUGACUCCAGAGUGAUCACAUGAUGAUUCAUGAAGUUCACCUGAAGGAUGUCAGGUAUGAAUGAAGAGGACGACGCAUCAGCCUGCCUCCUCAUAAAUGUCUGUAAUUCUUCUUUCUGCAGGUCGAAGAGAGAAUUAUGUUUCACUGACAGCAGAACGAUCGACUGCACUCUUUGAUUUGGGGACAUGGAAAUAUAGACUUGAAGUAUUUUGUUGCUUUUGAUGUUUAUUUUGAUGUUUUCAUUAUUAAUUUGAUGUUUUUCGUGUACUGACAACUCCUCAAACUGCCGACUGCACAAAUUAGUCCAGGACCUUCAGACACGUUGGACCUCCUCACUGUUUACUUCAACAGCUGCUGACUGUAGGUUUUCCAGAAUCAUUACCACAUCGGGGUAGUUUUGGCAGACUGAGGAUCUCACAUUUGUUCUCAUCCUGCACUUUGUCUUAGAUUUUUUUAUUUUUUGGGGGGACUUUUUGUGCCUUUUAAUUGAUAGAUAGGACAGUGGAUAGAGUCGGAAAUCAGGGAGAGAGAGUGGGGAAUGACAUGCGGGAAAGAAGCCACAGGCCGGAUGUAAACCCGAGCCGCCCGUUUGAGACGACAGCCUCCAUACAUGGGGCUAACCACUGCUCCACCAGCACCCCUCAUCCUGCACUUUAGACCAAUCAGUACGACCUUCUAAGACAGUAGGAGGUUUAUAAAACAACCAGACUCUUCCCUCUUCAGAGCGGUGAGGGGUAAACAUACAGAAACAGCUAACAGCUAAUCGCCUUGUGGCUGCUCCUUCUCAGGCAUGUAGGUCGAUUCAGUAUUUGAUGAUGGAGCGGUUAAUCUUCACUUAGCUGGAGAAGCAUUUCUUAAUUCAACAGAGCGAUCAGCACAAACAGAACUCCGCCAUUGUUGUUGUAGUCCACCUACUCGCUCAUGGCUGUGUGCAAGGAGUCGGCCAAACCGUCGCUUUGCCUGUGUCUAGAUUGAUCUAAAGUUAGGUAGAGUCAGUAUUGCCAACAUGGUGACCACCUUCAUUCAGCUUCACAACUCCUCUCUUCAAAAACCCCUGAUGACGGCACUGAGUACGUCCAUGAUUUAUACAGACCACAGUUAAAAAUAUCUGAAAACACCAGCGAGGUCCUUUCAAACAAAGCUGCUCAAAUCUGUAUGAAGGGAAACAAACUCCUGAUGCACACCUCCUCAUUCAGGACACUCAGACUCUUCUGUCUGUGAAACAGCUGCUUUCCUUUGCUCAGCACUGUGACAUCACUCUGAGCUGCAGGUGAGCUACAGGUGAGCUGCAGAGCUGCAGAGGCCUGACCCGACUGUUUGUGGACAUGACAAACACAAAGCUGCUUUUGAAAAUAUGUAACACAACAUGCACCUCGAUUUUUAUUUCUGCGCAGACUGAAAUGGUCAGAAUGAACUUUUAUAAGAUAUCAGAAACUUUAAAGUCUGAUUGUACCUGCUGCACAGCACAGAGCAAAGGGCACAUUACCUGAGAGUUUAGGGAUGAAGACCUUAUAAGGUGUUGUAUUUCAGAAUAAAGUCGUCAUAUUAGGAGAUCAAGUUGGAGAAAAGAGCCUAAAUAUAAAAGGCUUUUCUAAAAUAGUACAUCUUUAUUUUUUGCAACUAUUCAGGUGAUUCAGCUUUUAUCUUACAGUUAUUCUUGUAGCGUUACGACUUUGUUCACAAAGUAUUUUUUUAAUGUGGCUCUAAUCUCAGUUAUUGUUACAACAUAUUCUAAAAUAUAACCAAUGUACAAAUCUUUUUACUUUAACAGUCUGUGGUUUUAUGCAUAUCAAUAAAAACAUGUUAUAAAGUCA